CGCGCAUUCGAGCCAUGGCCGACCAGCCCGAAGCGCAGAAGCUGCUCACGCACAAGCAGGCCGACUACGGAGGCGCCGAGGGGGCAGACGCUGCACACGGCGGUCAAGACGAGCCGCAGGAGAAGUCGGGCUUCUUCCCGUUCGAGCCUUUUGCCUGGCUGGGCCCAGUGCAGUCAAUCAUUCCAGGAACCUGGCGGAAGAUCGUGAGCGUUCCUCACCUUGUGCUCCUCGUCGGGAUCAUCAUGUGCACCGGGAUGCUCUGCAACACCGUGUUCAGUUGGAACCGAUUUGGUUGCCGCACCUGGAGCUGCCAGGGCCGUAUCAUGCCGCUGAUCUUCGUGACUUUCUGCCUGCUGUACUUUCACUCCACCAUCCUC